UCGCGCUAUAUUUUUCUCCCGUCUGCGCAUCCUGUUGUACGGCCGUUGAGCCAAGGACGGUCCACGAUUAGUGAAGAUCGGGCGCCUCCUCCGCCCAGCCGCGUCUUGAAGACGCUGGCAUUUUCCUAACGAUUCGCUCCCUCGAGUCUCGUGCUGCGAAGAACCUUCAUUCAAAAUGUUGCGCCCUGCGACACCGCUGUCGGUGCUGCUCUUCGCGGCAUUCUGCCUGCUCUUGCUAGCUGUGCUAUCGACUCCCAUAAUCAAGGCUGUCCCGCUGGGUAGUUUCUUGGGAGUCAACUUCGGCGUUUUUGGGUGGUGCAAAGGGGAUACAUGUAGCGGAAUAGAAAUCGGCUAUGGCGUUCCCAUCCUCGCUACUACGGACUCGUCGUCGUUUGACCUUCCCGUACAAACUCGAAACACUCUUUCAGCCAUUCUCGUCAUCCAUCCAGUUGCGGCUCUAAUCACGCUAAUUAUGUUCGUUCUCGCGGUUAUUGCUCACCUUCAUGCACCUUCGCAUUCGGCUAGGUACCUAUUGCUGGUGUUUGUUGUUGGCAUUAUUGAUUUUCUGCUCUGCCUCCUCUGCUUUCUCAUCGAUGUACUGCUCUUCGUCCCCCACAUGGCGUGGGGAUCUUAUAUCGUCCUUGCGGCCACUAUUUUAGUCGCGCUCAGCGGCCUGGUCUCUUGCGCCAUGCGAAGGACAGUGGUCAGCAGGAAGGCCAGGAAAAAGCGAAUUGCAGCAAAUGCCGAGAUGAGCGGCGAGAAUUACUACAACCGGCAAGCUCAGCAGACUGUCCCAGCAACCACCGCAGGCGCCUUACAACCCACAGUUCCGGUUGUCAGCGGAGCCAAUGGCCGGGCCGAUACACUGCCAGAAUUCGCCUCUUUUGAGAAGAAGGAUGAUCGGAGUAGCGAUGAGAGAAUUCCGCUCACAGCGCGGAGCCCAUCAGACAGGUCCCCGAAUGCACUGACGAACGAUGUACCCAGCGGUCUGCCGGAUAAUCAAUCGUUCCCAUCUCUGUCUAACGUCCAAACCGAAUAUGGGAACGCGCAGCCUGAUGGGUAUGGUGUGAGACGGGGACCUUCGUUCGAGUCAAUUAAUUCGAGGGGGAGAGGGGGCGGUCCGCAAGGUGGCUAUCGUGGACGAGGUGGGUAUUCUGGGCCCGGCAGAGGGGGCUACGGCGGAUAUGGCCCAACCCCGCCAAACGGCCGAGGUGGCUACGGCCCUCCAGGCCGAGGAGGCUACGGGCCACCGCCCGGUGGCAGAGGAGGCUAUGGCCCGCUGCCCCGCGGUUAUGGUGGGCCGGGGUCACGAGGCGGGAGGACGCCUCCGCCACCCAGCUAUCAGGGGGCAGCAGGCGCGUACGACAGGAGGCCUUCGCCUGGUGCUGCAUACGGCCCUGGUCCAUACGGUGCAAGACAAGCAUCUCCGGGUCCGCCAUCCGCUCCUGGGUACAUGACGAAUCCUCCAAGCACUGUAGGAGGCUACGACUCGUACAAUCCGGACAGAGACAGUCUUCCACGAGCAGAAUCUCCCCCACCACUACCGGGCGUCGACGACGGUAUCCCUUCUCGGCCUGUGGCAGAAAUGGAUGCCACAUCCGGAAAUUCUCCGCAAGGACCUCAAGGGUUUGGGCAAUAUGGCAUCCGAGAUAGCGAUGCAGAUGUUGCUGGAAUGCUUGCUAUGCAACAAGCUAGGACGUCCACGCCGCAACGUCAUGAGACGUACGUGAGUGAAGCAAGCAAUUACAGCCAGCAAGAAAACACCUAUGUUCCACCAAGACAAGCAUGGAACCAAGGACCUGGAAGGAAUUCGCCGAGUGCACCGUCGCUAUUAAACCCAGGCAGCCGAAAUGGACCUCCAGUGCCCGCCACUAGCGAGUACUAUGAAGACGUUGAUCCUCGCUUCGCAGAGCCUCCCGUGGCUCAAAGGCCGACACCCCCUCCAAUCCAUACCACAAGUUCGUACGAGGAUAUUCCUCAAGGCUCUCGCAGCCCAGCAGAGUCAGAACGAUCUACAUUCACGUCUAUAUCUCAACGAGGGGUUAACCCACGUUGGGCCCCCCCGCCUGUUCCCAACAACUACGGGGGCAGCGUAAUACCACGGAGACCUGUCAACCGCCCUGCCGACGUGCUACUCAACUCGAAUCCAGACUUCGAACUUCCGGCUCGCGGAAGCCCGUCACGGACACCUGGCAACUUGACGGCUGGGGGCGCUUAUCCGCCCGGUGUGCGUUGAAGAUAAUCAGUCUGUCAAUGAUUGACUAAUGCGACAAUCCGGGAACACGUCUCUUAUUCGUUUCAAGUUUCUUUGUCACGACCUUGGAAUCAUAACCUUCACUUCCGAUUCUUCCCAUGAGCCUCCUGGGAAAGCCAAGGAUGUGCAGUUGCACAGAUGCAAUCGCCUCUCCUUAAUUCAUCCAGAUUCUCGCCGUACUACACUGGACGAGCGCGACUCUGCCACGUAACACACCGUCAACGUUCUCGUUUCUCUUUUUCUCUUUUUCAUCAACGGGCCUCCCUAUACCCCUAACAAGCACAUCUCAUAUCAUCACAUCCAGGCCCAGUUUUCGACGACGUUUGGGCUUUUGUGGUCUGUAUGCCCUCCCUCUUUGACUACAUUAUUCAGUCUAGGAGAUUUGCGCCAGAAAAUGUCGUGACCUUCUAGUCAACGAAGGCCAACUUGA